UAAUCGUAUCCAGUUGCCAAGCCCUGCCCUAAAAGUGAAAGUUAGGUCUGUAUGGGUAGAGGAGUGAGACCCUCUUAGCUACUUUUUUUUUAGUGUGAGAGAUUUCAGUUCGCAGUGACCGGAGGCAACCACUUUCAAGAUGCUGAGGUGCGGAGCAGUCACAUUGAGGCAACUUGCGAACGUGUACGGCCAAGCAGGAAUAUGUCGGAAGACCGUGAAGUCUGCGAUCGCGCCCAUGGUUUCACAAUACCAGAGGCGGAGUUACUCGGACCACAAGAUGCCCGAACACCUUCAAUACGUGGAGGAAUCGGAGGAUCCGUCGUUUUUCCACAUGGUCGAGUACUUCUACCAUCGAGGCUGGCAAGUUGUUGAGGACAAAUUAGUGGAGGAGUUUAAAGGGAAGCUUAGUCUGGAGGAGAAGCGCAAGAAGGUUCGCGGGUAUCUCGCCCUUCUCGGACCUUGCCAUGCGGUGCUUGAGGUGUCCUUCCCUUUGAAGAGGGACAACGGGGAAUACGUUAUGAUCAACGGGUGGCGGGCACAGCACAGUCAUCACCGGACGCCCUGCAAAGGAGGUAUUCGGUACAGCUUAGAUGUGAGCCUAGAUGAAGUCAAGGCUCUGUCUGCCCUGAUGACUUUCAAGUGUGCCGUGGUGGAUGUUCCCUUUGGGGGUGGCAAAGCAGGACUGAAGAUCAACCCCAGGGAGUUCAGCGAGUUUGAGCUUGAGAAAAUCACUCGAAAUUUCGCUCUACAACUGGCGAAAAAGGGCUUUUUAGGUCCCGGAGUUGAUGUGCCAGCACCUGAUAUGGGGACUGGUGAAAGAGAAAUGAGCUGGAUUGCUGACACCUACUCUCAAACCAUCGGGCAUAGUGAUUUGAACUCUCAUGCCUGCAUCACCGGUAAACCUAUCAACCAAGGCGGCAUUCAUGGCAGGGUAUCUGCCACUGGCCGUGGAGUCUUCCAUGGGAUCGACAACUUCAUCAAUGAAGCAAGCUUCAUGAGCAUGAUUGGAACAACCCCUGGCUGGGGUGGAAAGACAUUCAUUGUUCAGGGUCUUGGAAAUGUCGGACUUCAUUGCACACGCUACUUAACAAGAGCUGGUGCUCGAUGCAUUGGCAUCCAGGAAGUGGAUGGCUCCAUAUUCAAUCCUAACGGAAUUGAUCCAAAGGAGAUUGAAGAGUGGAAAAUUAACAAUGGCACAAUCAAUGGCUUUCCUGGUGCUGAGCCUUACAAGGGUGAGAACCUCAUUUAUGAAGAUUGUGACAUAUUUGUGCCAGCUGCGCUCGAGAAGAUAAUCACCAAGAAUAAUGCCAACAAGUUUAAGUGCAAGAUUAUUGCUGAAGCAGCCAAUGGACCCACGACUCCUGCUGCAGACAAGAUUCUCAUGGAGCGCAACAUUCUGGUCAUUCCCGAUUUAUACAUCAAUGCCGGAGGUGUGACAGUCAGCUACUUUGAGUGGCUCAAAAACUUGAAUCAUGUCAGCUAUGGCAGGCUUCUCUUUAAGUAUGAAAGGGAGUCCAACUACCACCUCUUGGAGAGUGUACAAGAAUCCUUGGAAAGGAGAUUUGGCAAGGCUGGUGGCCGUAUUCCUAUCAUGCCAAGUGAAUCGUUCCAGAAGAGAAUCUCCGGUGCAUCAGAAAAGGACAUAGUACAUUCUGGUCUGGAUUACACCAUGGAAAGGUCAGCCAGACAAAUCAUGCGCACUGCCAUGAAGUACAACCUUGGGUUGGACCUUCGUACAGCUGCCUAUGUGAACUCCAUUGAGAAGAUCUACUUGACAUACCGUGAAGCUGGUCUCACCUUCACUUAGCUUAGCUCAUUCAUCAACAGUGUGGACUUGCAUCUCUGCUUUGAAUGAAAGCACACUCCACACAUAGCAUACUAGCCAGUCCUCUAGACCUUUCCUAUCUGCUUAUUGGCUCUGCAGGCUGUUUCACAGUGGUUCUGGACCAUCUGCAGGAGUAUCUUGCUGGGUCUCACCCUACCAUUAAUGACUAGGCCGAUUCAUCAGCCACAGUGGGUCCCACAAAACCUGACCAAGUGUGCACACCAAGGACUGCCUUGCUUAAGGCUAAACUAUUAUGACAAUAAACCAUGCCGUUA